ACAGCGGCGCCGGGACGCGCGUUGGGGGUAGGGCGAGUCAUAUGACCUGCUCUGCUUCCUGGCUUCUGCCGUCGCCGCCCGCCUGUGUCCGCCAGCGUCGCGCCGGGGCCCCGAGGAGCCGUUGCGAGGGGUCCGGGCCAAGGCCCGCUCGUGUGGAGGUCGUCGCCGCAGCUGCCCACCCGAUUGCCCAUCAGUCUUCCCUCCCGACCGCCAUCAUGCUGGCGCUGAUCUCCCGCCUGCUGGACUGGUUCCGCUCGCUCUUUUGGAAGGAGGAGAUGGAGCUGACGCUCGUGGGGCUGCAGUAUUCGGGCAAGACCACUUUCGUCAAUGUCAUCGCGUCAGGUCAGUUCAGUGAAGAUAUGAUACCCACAGUGGGCUUCAACAUGAGGAAAGUAACUAAAGGUAACGUCACAAUAAAGAUUUGGGACAUAGGAGGACAACCCCGCUUCCGGAGCAUGUGGGAACGGUACUGCAGAGGAGUCAACGCUAUUGUUUACAUGAUAGAUGCUGCAGAUCGUGAAAAGAUAGAGGCUUCUCGAAAUGAACUACAUAAUCUUCUAGAUAAACCACAGUUACAAGGAAUUCCAGUGCUAGUACUUGGAAAUAAGAGAGAUCUUCCUAAUGCCUUGGAUGAGAAACAGCUAAUUGAAAAAAUGAAUCUGUCUGCUAUUCAGGAUAGAGAAAUUUGCUGCUAUUCAAUUUCCUGCAAAGAAAAGGAUAAUAUAGAUAUCACCCUUCAGUGGCUUAUUCAACAUUCAAAAUCCAGAAGAAGCUGAAGCAUCUCCUGAAGUCUUCCAGUCCUUCCUGGCUAUCAUCCUAGAAUUAUUGUCAGUUCCUCUGAAGUACUUCCCAGAAUACGGUCCUUCCUAAACCCAAGAAAUUGCCUUUUUAAGAGUUUUAUUUCUCAUGUGCACUGCUGAAGAUGUGUAUUCCUAAUCCUUCAUAAAGAAUCAUCUAGAGUUGUCAUGAUAAAGUCAGCACACUCAAAAAGGCUUCUUAUACAUACUUGUCUUAAACAGUGUGUAGAGCUUUUUCUAAAAAACACACUUUGACCAUCUUAAGUCAAGAAAAUUGCAUAUUUCUGUUCUGGUCUUUCUGGGCCAGGUUUUUAUAUUGGUUUUCAGUAAAUGUCUAUCUAUGAUAUUUCAUUAUAGAGUCCAGUAGCUUAAUACUGAUACUGACUUGAUACAGCAUGAAGUUUCUAGUGCCACACAGUAUUUAGAAAAUCUUUAGCCUGACUCGUGGGAUAUAAACAUAAUGUUGACACAUCUCACAAAUGCAUGUGAAAUGUAUAAUUACACCUUAGGAAUUUAAAAAUUGGUCUGCAGAGAGUGAGCAGAGGCACCAGAUCAGUGUUGGUGUUGGUUCUUUACACUGGUGAGAUCUUACAUGAUGAAUUUUGAAAACAUUCUGCUUUCUGAGGAUUCUUCAUCUUUCAGAUAGCAGCCGGGAUAUGGGAGGAACUGAGACAUGCUGUUUUGUAUCUGUCCAGAUCAUUACUUCUCUCUUUUUUCUUCUUUUGUUUUUCCUGGUUCAACACACUUUUUAAAGGGGUUGGGAAUUGAAGCUUCAUUUUCUCAAAAGCUUUCAUGAAUUUAGAGCAUUCCAGCCAAUGUAAUAAAAUGUGUUAAGACUGUCAGACUCUUCAAACACCUGUUUGUUCUUUCUGUCUCUGGUCAUUAAACCAGUGCUGCUGCAUGACACUCUAACUCUUGACUUUUUAUAUCCAGUCAUAAAGUUGACUUUCAGCACAAUAGAUACUUGCAAAUAAAAAUUCUUAUUUUUCUCUCUUAUUGAUGUAAGGUUGACACUCUUUUGUCCGAUGCCAUUAGACAUCUUGAUUAUUGUGACAACUCUAGACCUGCCUGCUUUUCCCUGAUGUAAUCAUGCACAACGUCUGCAGGUCGUCGAAUAAUCACAGAGAACUGAGGAAGUGAUGCUGUCUCUUGUUUGCUUCCAUGAUACGGAGAUGUAUGAAACCUUAAAUGAACAUGUUUGUAGUUUAGUAAUCUUCAUAUACAUAGAGGGACAUAUUAAUACUGGUUCACAUGUAAAUUGUUACUCCCAUAGACCACUGUAGUAGGUAAACGCUAUGGUACAUGCGCUUAUGUGUUGCCUCACACUAUGUGUGAUUUUGUUUCUUUUGUUAAGCAGCACUCAUGUAAACAGUGCAUUUCCAAACGUGUUGAGCACUCAAAGUGCAGUCGACAUGAAGUUUUUUUUAAUUUAUAGACUGCCAUGGCCUUAACAAUAUUCUGUACAAAAUACUGCACCGUGUUGCACAGACACUACUUGCUUUUCUCCAUUCACAUUUUUAUGAGUAGAAUCUCAGCUUUUAAAAUUCUGUUCUUACUCUUUGAAGCAUGUUGCAUACUUCCCUGAUAGGAUGGAUGGUUCUGUAAAUGAAGGGGUGUUUAUACUUGCUUCUGUACUUCAACACCAUUAAUGGUCACUGUGAACCAUUACAAAGAAUGUGGCAGUUUGCUUGUGCCUAAAAGAAGGAAUCAGAACUAAAAUAUGUGACCAUGUGGGGACCGCAAAGGUUCGUUAAUUGACCGAAGCUAAACCGUAAUGUGUUUGUGUGUCUGCUCAUUGCUUCCAGCAUUUCAAGACAGCUAAACACUACUAUCAACGUUUUCCUGUGCAUUAACCUCUGCAUGUGAAACUUAACAGUUACUGAACUUUGUAAAUACGUAAUUUUUUUUAUUUAGGUGGAUGCAUCUUUUUGUCUGUUGACUGCUCUUCUCAGUUUUAUUCAAUAAACUUGCAUUUUGAGGGUUGUAUUGACAGUUUUAACUUAAAAUGUGCACCAUGAUGGAAGGUGCUGAUUUUUUUGGAAGGAGUGGAAAGAAAGUUACCAUGAGCAGGGUCUGUAGACAAUGUGCUGGAAGGAAAUCAGCUCAGCUCUCAAAGAAUUGGGUCUGUGGGCUAGUUAAAGUAGAAAUAAACUUUUAAAUAUCCA